GAGGAAGAGAUCCCAGAGUUAGAAAUUGACAUAGAUGAGCUCCUGGAACUGCCUGAUGAAGGGCAAAGAACUCGGCUGCAGGAGUUAUUGCAUGAAUGUGGAAAGCCAAAAGAGGAAUUUAUCAACGGGCUGCUCUACAGGAUAAAAGGUCUACGCAAAUUGUCCUUGAAGAAAUAAUUAUAGGUCAAAUUAGGAAUSAAGACAACAUGGAGCAUGAAGACGGAACAUCAGUGGGACUUUCUUUUGGCCCAUCGUCCUUUCUGGGACAGAAUGGAUUUAACCUCCACCCCACACACACUUUAAUUACCUCUUCAAGAAAUUGACCUCCCGUUAACAUACUGAUAAUUUAGAACUGAAAAUAUCUCAUAACUUUACUCAGAUGGACUUUUUUUUGUGUAAGGGUGUACAUUUUCAGUUUCUUAUUUAUGUACAUAAGCAUUUUGUUCGGGUAACAGUGUUGGAAUAAAGCGGCGCAUUUUCAAAACAUGUCUGAUCGUGAAUUGARCAAAGCGACAAACCGAAAUGUAUUAUCAGAUAUUAUUGUACAGACACAAAUAAAACACAUAAAAAAGUA